UCCUGAGUUCCCCAUCUCCCCGCAGGAGGUGCCCGCACACGCACAGCCCCGUCGCUGCCGCGGCCGCACACAACGGAUCUCGCCCUGGUGGUGCACGCCCGGGCUGGGCGCUCGGAGGUCGGGUGGGCGCCCACUCCGUCCGCUGCGCGCACAGCGCCCGGCGAGAGGCUCAGAGUUUAAUCACACACAGCGUCCGGCUUCCUGUCCCCAGCGCCCCCUCCCGCCCCGUUUCCCUUGCCCCUCCCUCUCCCCAGCCCGAUCCGCCCGCCGGCUCCCCCUCCCCCGAUCCCUCGGGUCCAGGGAUGGGGGGGCGGUGAGGCAGGCACAGCCCCCCGCCCCCAUGGCCGCCCGUCGGAGCCAGAGGCGGAGGGGGCGCCGGGGGGAGCCGGGCACCGCCCUGCUGGUCCCGCUCGCGCUGGGCCUGGGCCUGGCGCUGGCCUGCCUCGGCCUCCUGCUGGCCGUGGUCAGCUUGGGGAGCCGGGCAUCGCUGUCCGCUCAGCAGGAGCCUGCCCAGGAGGAGCUGGUGGCAGAGGAGGACCAGGACCCGUCGGAACUGAAUCCCCAGACAGAAGAAAGCCAGGAUCCUGUGCCUUUCCUGAACCGACUAGUUCGGCCUCGCAGAAGUGCACCUAAAGGCCGAAAAACACGGGCUCGAAGAGCGAUCGCAGCCCAUUAUGAAGUUCAUCCACGACCUGGACAGGACGGAGCGCAGGCAGAGUCUCACUGUGUCGCCCAGGCUGGAGUGCAGUGGUGCGAUCUCGGCUCACUGCAACCUCUGCCUCCCAGGUUCAAGAGAUUCUCCUGUCUCGCCUCCCAAGUAGCUGAGAUUACAGGUGUGGACGGGACAGUGAGUGGCUGGGAGGAAGCCAGAAUCAACAGCUCCAGCCCUCUGCGCUACAACCGCCAGAUCGGGGAGUUUAUAGUCACCCGGGCUGGGCUCUACUACCUGUACUGUCAGGUGCACUUUGAUGAGGGGAAGGCUGUCUACCUGAAGCUGGACUUGCUGGUGGAUGGCGUGCUGGCCCUGCGCUGCCUGGAGGAAUUCUCAGCCACUGCGGCGAGUUCCCUCGGGCCCCAGCUCCGCCUCUGCCAGGUGUCUGGGCUGUUGGCCCUGCGGCCAGGGUCCUCCCUGCGGAUCCGCACCCUCCCCUGGGCCCAUCUGAAGGCUGCCCCUUUCCUCACCUACUUCGGACUCUUCCAGGUUCACUGAGGGGCCCUGGUCUCCCCGCUGUCGUCCCAGGCUGCCGGCUCCCCUCGGCAGCUCUCUGGGCACCCAGUCCCCUCUGCCCCACCCUCAGCUGCUCUUUGCUCCAGACCUGCCCCUCCCUCUAGAGGCUGCCUGGGCCUGUUCACGUGUUUUCCAUCCCACAUAAAUACAGUAUUCCCACUCUUAUCUUACAACGCCCCCCACCGCCCACUCUCCACCUCACUAGCUCCCCAAUCCCUGACCCUUUGAGGCCCCCAAUGAUCUCGACUCUCCCCUGGCCACAGACCCCCAGGGCAUUGUGUUCACUGUACUCUGUGGGCAAGAUGGGUCCAGAAGACCCCACUUCAGGCACUAAGAGGGGCUGGACCUGGCGGCAGCAAGCCAAAGAGACUGGGCCUAGGCCAGGAGUUCCCAAAUGUGAGGGGCGAGAAGCAAGACAAGCUCCUCCCUUGAGAAUUCCCUGCGGAUUUUUAAAACAGAUAUUAUUUUUAUUAUUAUUGUGACAAAAUGUUGAUAAAUGGAUAUUAAAUAGAAUAAGUCAUA